GAGCCGCCAUGUAAAUAAACUAUGAUGCCAUAUCGAGUUACGCCUCUGAGAUCCGCAUUGGAAUCUGUGGCUGAUUUUGUAACAUGACACUCGGUCAAUACAUUGGUUGAGCAAACCAUCAAUUGAUACGGAUUCCAUCAUUAUAACUUCGUUACAUUGAACUAUUUCUCUUGGAUACUGAAGCCACAAGAAAACCAGGUACCUGCCUUAGUCUAGCUCGGAUUUGACGAUUGCUCAACGACUUUCUCUCAACACUCCUGUCUCCCACACUUCGGCCUGAAAACCGCAACCUCCCUACCUUGUCAUGGCACCCCGUAAACGAAAGGCGCCGGCAACACCCAAAAGACCCGAGCCAGUUUCUAGCAGCCGCAGACGAUCGACGCGCAUUGGGUCGUCCGCCGAGAAGAGCAAGUACUUUGAAAGCGAUUCCGGCUCCGGCUCCGACUCGGAAGAUGCGCAUGCCCCGAAGCGUGCCAAGAGCGGCAAUGACGCAAAGUAUAGUGGCCGCCGUGGCCCAAAGGUAGAAUCGGACGCCAGCGAGGACGAGUACGAAGCACCCGACGACGAUGAUGACGAGGAGGAGGAGGAGGAGGACGCUGCCGAUGAAGCUUCGGGUGACGGUAGCGAAGAGGAGCAGGACAGGUCUAAGCCGUACAAACCUAGUAAAAAGAAGGGAGCCAAGCCUCCUGUGAAAACAGCGCGGGAUAGGAAAAAUGCCGAUUCCGGUAAUGAGGACGAUGACGACGACGAUGAGGACAACCUUGUCACUUUUAUUCCACAUGUUAAGCUACGGGAGCUUAACGGUGUCGAAUACGCCGAUGAGAAGCUGCAUAAAAAUACGUUGCUGUUUCUCAAAGAUCUCAAGGCCAACAACGUUCGCUCCUGGCUCAAGUCCAACGACGCAGAAUACCGUCGGUCCCUUACGGACUGGAACUCGUUCAUAGAGACUCUCACGCCUAGAAUCGUCGAUGUCGACGAUACGAUACCUGAGCUCCCAGCAAAGGACAUUGUAUUCCGCAUAUACAGGGACAUUCGAUUCUCCAAGGAUCCCACGCCCUACAAGCCCCACUACUCGGCCGUCUGGUCGCGCGCCGGGCGCAAGGGGCCUUAUGCGUGCUACUAUCUGCACUGCGAGCCCGGUGGCAAGUCCUUUGUGGGCGGUGGCUUGUGGCAUCCAGAGGCCGAGUCGCUGCGUCGGUUGCGGGCCAGCAUCGACGAACGGCCGAGGCGGUGGAAGAAGGCACUGGUCGAGGACGACCGACUGCGGCGCACAUUCCUGCCCAAGGCGAAGAAGGGCGACGAAAAGUCCAUCUUUAAAGCUUUUGCAGUUGCGAAUGCCAAUGAUGCGCUGAAGAAAAAGCCCAGGGAUUAUCCUCAGGAUCAUCGUUAUAUAGACCUGCUCAAGUUGAGGAAUUUUACCAUCAGCAAGAAGAUUUCUGAUGAUGUAUUCACGUCGGAUGACGGCGUCGAUCAGCUCAUGGAGAUUUUUCGUGAUAUGGUUGGAUAUAUUGCGCAUCUCAACUCCAUUGUGAUGCCGGAAGAUGGAGAUGAUGAUGACGACGAGGAUGACGAUAAUGCCAAUGGAGAAGCCACAGAUGCUACAGACUAAUCUGUAAUGCUGUCGACAGCACGAAGCUACCACCUGUCUCAUUAAGCCAUACCUGGAUUUCGAUUCUGUUCAAGUAGAAAAUUCAGUAUGUCUUGUCUAUGUGUGAUAAUCCCUGGUCUGCUUUGCCACUUGUGCGCCUAAUAACAUCUAUAUGUAUUGGCUUAUCUGCGUAUGCUGAAGUUAAAAUCUAAUGUUCUUGAUGUGG